CCUGGGCUUUAAGAGUGACUUGGGUCUGGGGACCGGGGGCACCCUGGUCAGGCGUCACUGCCUGUGCCCCUGAGUGUUAGCCCAGCUCCCUCACACCCGCCCUGUUUAUCCCGUACUUAAGGUAGGUGUGAAGUCGGGGGGGAAAUCGGGGGACAAACUUUAUCUUUGGCGCACUGGGCACCCUCUAUCUACCCGUCCUCACCCCCAACCUCAAGUUCGCAGACCCUCAAGUUCUCCGCUCCCGACCAUCUUUUCUGAGGAAAAGACUAGAUUAAGUGUUUUAUAUUCUUCUGUAAGUAUUUGCCUUUGGAUCACCAGCACUUGAACUCAGUUGCUAAAUCCUGGGGGUCUUUGUGGGAGGCUGGUUUGGGCAGGCAGCCUGGAACCCACACUGCGGGUGGCCCAGGGGCAGGAGCGGACUGAGUCUUCCCUUCCACCUUGUGUGGGUCCCCUGCCUCCUGUCCCAUCAGACCCAUUUCUGACUGGGGACUUAGGUCCGGAAGAACACCAGGGUCCCCUCCAGCAUGUCUCCCCGACCUCCUACUCUUCCCCCAGCGGGAGGAGGCCCAGAGUUCAGACCCCUCUCCCUGCCGGCUCUGUGCCUGAUGCAGAGGGCGGCGCAGACCACCGGCAGGACGGUGCUUCCGUGCGGCCAGGUAGCUUCCUUCCUUCCGCCCGCUGCGGCGCCUUCCCGCAGGCCUCCCUUCCGAGCGCGCGUGCGCUCCGCUCCGCAGCGAGCACCUGUUCGCAGGACUUUGGAUCCUACUUCUGGUCCGGGAAGAGGAGGCCGGACCUCGGGAGGACUGGCCUGGAGUUGGACCCUCCGCACCCAGACACUGACCUGUGCCAAGUGCGUCCGCCGGACCGCCAGCGAGGGCGUCUGAAGAGCUCGUCGUAACAGUUCGGGAUGGGGAACCACGUGGGGAAGCGCGAGCCGCACGCGGAGAAGGCCGGCACGGAUGCUGAAACUAGCAGAGGAGAAUCUGAAAAGAAGAGAAACCUCAGCGAACUUUCCCAAGCAGCCUCGGAAGACAGCGACGUGUUCGGAGAGGCAGAUGCGAACCAGAACAAUGGGACCUCCUCUGGGGACACAGCGGUGACAGACUCCAAGCGCACAGCGGGCCCAAAGAAUGCCUGGCAGGACGCCCACCCAGCUGACCCGGGGAGCCGCCCCCACUUGGUCCGCCUCUUUUCCCGAGAUGCCCCGGGGAGGGAGGACAACACCUUCAAAGACAGGCCCUCCGAGUCCGACGAGCUCCAGACCAUCCAAGAAGACAGUGCAGCCGCCUCCGAGGGCCUGGAUGUGAUGGCGUCACAGAAGAGACCCUCCCAGAGGCACGGAUCCAAGUACCUGGCCACAGCAAGUACCAUGGACCAUGCGCGGCAUGGCUUCCUCCCACGGCACAGAGACACGGGCAUUCUUGACUCCAUCGGGCGCUUCUUUGGCAGUGACAGGGGCGCGCCCAAGCGGGGCUCUGGCAAGGACUCACACCACGCGGCAAGAACCACUCACUACGGCUCCCUGCCCCAGAAGGCCCAGCACGGCCGGGCCCAGGAAGAAAACCCCGUAGUCCACUUCUUCAAGAACAUCGUGACACCUCGCACGCCUCCUCCAUCGCAAGGAAAGGGGAGAGGACUGUCGCUCAGCAGAUUUAGCUGGGGGGCCGAAGGGCAAAGGCCAGGAUUUGGCUACGGCGGCAGAGCGUCCGACUAUAAAUCAACUCACAAGGGAUUCAAGGGCGACGCCCAGGGCACGCUGUCCAAGAUCUUUAAACUGGGAGGAAGUCGCUCUGGCUCUCCCAUGGCCAGACGCUGAGCCCACCUUGUUCCGGAUCCUGCCCUCUGCUUCUCGACAUAACUGCCUUACGACGUUACUACCCUCGCAUGGACUAGCUAGUUAGAGCAAACGACCCCCCCUAAUGCCUGUUGAGUUGAGCACGCGGCAGGGUCAGGCACGCGGCAUCCUACUAGCAAUUUCUGGCCGAAAGUUAAAUGGAGAAAAAGAAAACAGAAAAUGAUUAAAAGUGUCACUUCACGUUGGAGGAUUACA